GCCCAUUUGUGACGUCAGCAUUGGCAAAGAACGGGAUACUGGGAGAGCCGGAAGAGCCGCGAGAACAUUACUGUUUCUCCAUCAACGCUUCAGGUGUGAACGGACUAGCUACAUCCACCAGGGGCAUUUCUUUAAAAAAAUAGUUCAGACUCUGGUCGGAGCUACCUGUGUCGUAGACGUGUGUGUUGCAGUAAAGAUGUGGAAGGCAGCAGCAGGACAGUCAGUCAAUGUGGCUGUAAAUGAAGAAGGGGACGACUGGGAGACUGACCCCGACUUUGAGAAUGACGUGUCGGAGACGGAGCAGCGCUGGGGGGCCAAGACGGUGGAGGGCUCAGGACAUCAGGAGCACAUAGAUAUCCACAAGCUGCGCGACACCGUGUCCACGGAGCACACCAGCUUGAGGAAGAAGGAGUUGGACAAAAUGCCCAAGGCCUCGCAUGGAUAUGGAGGAAAAUUUGGAGUGCAGCAGGACCGCAUGGACAAGUCUGCUGUGGGUCAUGACUACCAGAGCAAGUUGUCCAAGCACUGCUCCCAGACGGAUACCUCCAAGGGCUUUGGAGGGAAGUUUGGAGUGCAAGCUGACCGCGUUGACCAGUCAGCUGUUGGGUUUGAGUAUGCCGGGAAGACGGAGAAACAUGCUUCGCAGAAAGACUACACCACUGGGUUUGGGGGGCGAUACGGCGUGCAGGCAGAUCGUGUCGACCAGAGCGCAGUGGGCUUCGAUUACCAGGGCAAAACCGAGAAACACGAUUCCCAGAAAGAUUACACCAAGGGCUUUGGUGGCAAGUUUGGUGUUGAGACCGACAAGGUGGACAAGAGUGCUAUGGGCUUUGAGUACCAGGGCAAAACUGAGAGGCACGAGUCACAGAAAGACUAUGUGAAGGGCUUUGGGGGCAAGUUUGGCGUGCAGACGGACAGACAGGAUGCAUCGGCGCUGGGAUGGGACCACCAGGAGAAACUACAGCUUCACGAGUCCCAGAAAGACUAUAAGCGUGGGUUUGGAGGGCAGUAUGGGGUAGAGAAGGAGAAGCAGGACCAGUGUGCCCUGGGCUAUGAGCACAAGGAGAGCCUGGCUAAGCACGAGUCUCAGAAAGAUUAUUCUAAAGGAUUUGGAGGGAAAUUUGGUGUCCAGAAUGACCGGAUGGAUAAGAGCGCCGGGACUUUUGAGGAUGUGGUGAAGCCGGCCCCAGCUUACCAGAAAACCAAACCUGUGGAGGCCGCUGGCAGCAGCACAGGAAGCAUCAAGGCGCGCUUCGAGAACAUCGCCAAGCAGAAGGAGGAGGAGGACAGGAAGAGGGCCGAGGAGGAGCGAGUGCGCCGACAGGCCAAGGAGAAGCAGGAGCAGGAGGAGGCGCGCCGUAAGAUGGAGGAGACGGCCAAGGCCCCCUCUCCGGUCCCGGCUGCCAGUCCCAGUCCCACUCCCAGCCCGACUCCCCCGGUCCAGCCAGCCGCCGCCCCAGCAUACCAGAAGUCAGCUGCCGUGUCCCACGAUGCUGCCGAGGAGAACGGAGAGCCGCUGUACGAGGCGGAGCCACAGAUCCCCGACGCAGAGCCCGAGGACCUGUACCAGACCCCCGAGGAGACGGCCGUGGCAGCAGACGGCCAGCAGUACGAGUACGGCGAGGACCUCGGGUUGACGGCGGUGGCCCUGUACGACUACCAAGCAGCCGGCGACGACGAGAUAUCCUUCGACCCCGACGACAUCAUCACCAACAUCGAGAUGAUCGACGAGGGCUGGUGGCGGGGCGUGUGCAGAGGCGCCUACGGCCUUUUCCCCGCCAACUACGUUGAGGUUCGGCAAUGAUGACGCCCCGCCGACACGAGCCGAGGAAGGAGACAAUUUGGAAUCCUCCUCUUUCACCCUUUGGUCUUCUCUCUCGUCACCUUAUGUUCCUGCGCGAGACGUCUGCAGGUCUCCUAACCGGCUUUCUUUUGCUCCGUUUUUCCAUCCCUCCGCUACAUAUUCCACUCUCAGAUCACUUUGUUUCUCUCCGGGCAGCAGAAGACGGGGAGAGUUAUCUUAGAAUGACUCAACUGGGGCUGCACAAUACGAGGGAACAUGCGAUAACCUUGUUGAACAUCGCGGUAACGAUAUCACUUGUGAUACAUUUACAGAUAUUAAAGUGAACUCAGUUUCUGCUGCUUUCAGUAUUCUGCUAAAAUACAACACAUUGCUUGUUAAUUUAAAAAAAAAAAAAAAAGCCUGAAAGGAAAUCAUUUCCAACUUUGUUUUAUUGAACAGAUUGAACAUUAAACUGAACACAAACCAUUAAAAAAGAAUGAGUUACAUUUUAAAGUGCAGUUUUCCACUGAUUCAGCUAACUCAAAAGAUCUUUUUUGUGAUGUGUUUUAUUGUUAUUGCAAGUUAAAGUUGCGUUGUCGAUUUUAAAUAAAAACUGAUUUAUUGUGCAGCCCUAGACUCAACUCAAAGAGAAUAUAUAGAGUAGAACUCAUCUGGGCUUUGUUCUGCACCUCUGGACAGAUGUUCUGGUCUCAGAUGACGAAUGAUUCACACCUUUUUCUAUCUCUCCAGAUACCAUAUUAGAGAUCAGUUUCAGGUAUUGUUGCUUCUUCAUAUGUAAGAGAGGACUUUUAGUCUCACCAAAGACCAGAGUAAUGAUAGCAAUGAGCUUGAAUAAGUCUUGUGUACGGGGCGACGGCUGCUCACUGUUCAGCAGCUCAGGCUCCAUGUAAGCAGGAGCAGUUUUUAAAGUGGAAAACAAGCCUCCACUUUGGAUUAUAAUGUAUAUUGAUGGCUACAUACUGUCCAGUACGAUCGACCGUGGACCAAAAAGACCUUUUUGUUUCUUUGGUCUGUUUGCACAGGAGUUUAAAUUCCCCCUUCCUGAUUGAUUCGUCAAUGGGGGAGCUAAGGCUACAUCUACGCUGCUACGCGUUGGUUUAAAAAUGUCUUUUUUGCGUCGUGCCCCUAAAACGAGACUACAUCGUAGACAGAGCCAGCCAGGGAGGGCAUACAGUGAGAGGCCAGAUCAGGGCUAGCAUGUAGCUUCUCUGAGCUAAACCAUCUGUCUGAUGACAUCAUCGCACACCAGAGGGAAGUUCAAGUCUGCCAAAUUUGCCGUUGACACCUUUCCCACGUUGCAGGCUCCAAAAAAAA